GUGAGGGACAACGAGCUUGAUCGUGCAUCGGAAGUAUCGGCAUUAACUGAAUCGCGUAUAUCCGCUCGAGUGAUUUUAUAAGAGAGUUCUUUGAUAUACGCGUAGGUUUUCUAUAUUAUUCUACCUAAUAUAAUAGAAAAAAAAAAGUACAUAUUCAAUCGAAACUUGAAUAAAACCGAUUGAAUUACUAUUUAUUAUUAUAUUUUUAUCUUACCAUUAAACCAAGCUAUUAAAAAAAACAUUUAAACGUCAAGUCUUCCGGUGGAGUUUCCAUCAUAAAUUUUUUUUAUAAUAAUUAUUAAAGUUUUUAAUUCAACGAUUGCUGGUGACAAUGUACGAGUGGUCAAAGAAGUACCAGGUGCUGCGUCUUAUCGCCAUUGAAAUCAUCCUGAUGGUGCUGAUGGGAUUCUUCACAGCCUACGGACCCGAGGCGGUGCCGUCAGCUAGUAGAUCAUCGGUCAAGGGCGACCAAGUGUCCACUACGGCCAAGUCUAAUAUUUUACAAAAAGACACAUCUGUCUAUGCGAUGUACCAAGAUGUUCACGUGAUGAUAUGGAUUGGUUUUGGUUUCUUGAUGACAUUUCUCAAACGUUAUGGGUACAGUGCAGUUGGGUUGACAUUCCUUGUAGGAGCUAUUCUUCUUCAAGUGGCUUUACUCUUCGAUGGAGUCAUUAACAUCGGCGAAAAUGGCAAAGUACCGCUUUCUUUAAUGGGACUUUUGAAUGCCGAUGUUGCUGUUGCCGCUCCACUAAUUUCAAUGGGGGCUGUUCUAGGGAAGACUACGUACAUGCAGCUUAUCGUAAUGGGGAUUAUUGAGCUGGCCAUUUACACUGCCAACAAAUAUAUCGGAGAACAUUAUUUUAUGGCAAUCGAUGCUGGAGGAAGUAUGUUCGUCCAUGUAUUUGGUGCUUACUUUGGCAUGGCUGUAAGCUUUGCUUUUGGUAUAAAAGACAAACCUAAGGAGCAUAAUCUCGAGGGAUCAACAUAUCAAUCAGAUUUAUUUGCUAUGAUUGGUACAAUUUUUCUCUGGCUCUUCUGGCCUUCCUUCAAUAGCGCUUUGCUCCAAGAUGAUGAACAACAACGAGCAAUUAUAAAUACCUUGCUUGCAAUAUCAGCAAGCUGCGUAGCUGCUUUUGCUGCCUCUGCUUUAGUCUCGAAUGAAAGUAAAUUUAACAUAGUUCAUGUACAAAAUUCAACGCUUGCUGGUGGGGUUGCUAUUGGAACAGCUGCAGGAAUGAUGUGCGAACCAAUCGGAGCAUUAAUUGUCGGUGGUUUUGCUGGAAGUCUAAGUGUCUAUGGAUAUAAAUAUCUUUCUCCAUUGAUACAAAAAAAAUUAAGAAUUCAUGAUACUUGUGGUGUUCAUAAUCUCCAUGGGAUGCCUGGUAUGGUUGCAGGAAUAUUUGGAGCUUUAAUGGCUGGAAUAGCUUCAGAAGAUAUGUACAGUGACUCACUUUAUCAGAUAUUCCCGGCAAGAGCUCCUAGUUCUGGUGAAAGACUCGCUGAAUUGAAAAGUGAAUUAGGAAUAAACGCAGGCAUUGAUAGAACUGCUGGUCAACAAGCCGCGUAUCAAUUACUCGCACUAGUUGUCACACUUGUAAUUGCUAUUGUUUCUGGAGUAAUUACUGGAAUUAUUUUACGUAUUGAUAUUUGUGGUACCGUAUCUGAAGUAAAUAAAUUCAAUGAUGCAUUAAAUUGGGAACUUGAAGAUGAUAAUGAACAAGAGAUACCACGAAAAGCACGCGAGAAUAAUGCUAGAGUAGUCGAGCAAGUUCCAAUGAGUCAUAUAUAGAUGACUAUCAAUAAU